CCUCCUCCUCAACUUCUCUUCCUGAGGCUGGCUGCCACUCCUCCCUCCUCCUCUCAUGACUCUAAAUGCUGCUGGAGCCUGGCCCCCUUUACUCUUCCCGACUGGAGGAAUGUGAUGCAUUCAUACACGCGCCUUCACUCCCAAGUGCACAGGCGGUCCAGCACACAAGGAAACACAGGUAUCAUGACCCUGCUCGAGGACAACCUCCAACAACAGAUGCCUUACCCUCAACUGAGUCUCAAGGUAGAAUAAACAUCGCUAAAAACAUGAUGAGGAAUCACUGAGGAACUUUUUAUUCUUUUUUUUUUUAACACAUUUGAAGUUUCCUCAACUUCAGGGAUUGUUAAAGCAACAUGAGUGUGAAGAGGAAAAAGGCUGGACUUGUCAUCAGCUGGCACAAGUCAAUCUCCAUCCUGGCUCCUUGGAGGAAAGGGAAAGGAGACAGAGAUGCAGUAUUGGAUAGCGAGGUCGUUCUGACGAAAAUGAAGCUCAUCAGUAACUUCCAUGAGAGGCUCCUGAUGUCUGGAGACUCUACGUCCACAAUGUCUACAGUAUCAGUUUCUGAACAGGACAUAUCGGAUUUCAACAAAGCCCCAGAGGUGAAUCCCCACCUCGAUAAGUCUGGACAGCCUCAGGUUGAAACCAGCUCAGACUACCUACCUGCCCAUUUCUCAGACUCUCAGCUGCAGAGGUUAUACAAGUUUGAAUCAGAGGACUCUGGAGUGGAUCUUCCAAGUGGCGCUAACUCUCCAUCCACCCCAACAGGCUCCGAGCAGAGCUUUGUUGUUCACAGUCGAGAGUCCUCCUGCGAUUCCUCUUGCAACUUAAACUCUGACACUACCACUCUCCCUGAUAAACUAGUCAGACAUGCACAGAGCUCUGAGAUUAAACAGGCAGAGGACUCGGUGGAUAACAGUUUGGGUACAACAGUGAAUACUCAGGACAGUGUAUUCAUACACUCAGAAGAUCUCUGUUUUUCUGCUGUGACAGCAGAACUUCACAUGGAUAAGGAUGUGGAUAGAGACCAGAGUAGGGCUUCAGGAGAUAGUCCUGAAGGAGAUGAGCUGUCUGAACAGCUUGAGGAGACCAGGGCAGUAACUGAGAGGACCUGCUCAGAGAAUAUGAGGUCUGGUAAUCAACUCUCAACAGGAACCUGUGAUGACAUGUUGGGCUGUGACUUACAGUCAGAGCCAAUUAGGAGGAGUGCCACCAGUGACAGCCUGGAGGAGUACAUGGAUGAAUGCUGCAGACUUAGUGAGGCACAGGAAGUGAGUUCCAACCCUUUGGGUUCAGGCCUUGGUUACCUGGAGCACAUCUGCCAGCUCAUCGAGAAGAUCGGCCAGCUGCAGGAGACCAACCUCCGGCUCCAGAGGCAGAUCUUUGGGCUGGAAAAAGACAGCAGGAUGACAAAAACCAAAGAGGACUUUUUCAACCAGCACUGCUGCUGUGGAGCCGCCAGCUUCAGUUUCCAGCACGUUCAGAAGAGACACUCCAGAAGUGAAUGUUUGUCACCCAGUGGAACCCUCUCUGACCUGUCCACCAUCCCCGAGGUCACCCAGCUCAUUCCAACCACGAGAGACUUGAGGAGUGAGGGUUUGACACUCGUCCCGUUGUGGAGGAGAGGCUUGAACCGAAGGAGUUACACUGAGGGGGAGGAACGCUUCCUCGGGGACAGCACCGAAGGGCUCUCCAUCCCCCAGCGCAGGCUGAGUGAAAACUACACCUGGGGCAGAGUCAAAGAUCUGGUGAGGAAAACUAAGACAAGGAACCAGAGCAGAUUGGGACUGACCUCCGCCUCACUGAAGAUGUCCUGCCCACAACUCUACAGGCCUGAUCUGGGACCAGUAGAACCUGUCAGCAGAAACAGGAACUCCAUGAUUGUCUUGGGCCACCAGAGCAAAAUGGACUUCGCAUGGCUACAAUAAAUAUCCAGAUCAGAUUCAGACGGUCUCAUGUGGGGAAAUGACGCAGAGAUGGUUCAAGAGAGGAAGAGAAAAAAGCAGGAAAAGGAAAGAGGGAUGGAAGUGAGGGAAUCAAAGAGACGACUCUUGUACGAGGGAUGUAUGAGGAUUGUUUGCUGCUUCAAAAGGAGAAUGAGAUGAAAGUGAGGCUACUGUAUGUUUCAAAAUGAUCUACACUGUGACAUAAUGUAAUUUAACUGCAUUAUAUUGUAAUAUAUAUUUUCUGUUGAUACUAUUCACACCAGUGUAAGUUUCCUUUCGGACGCUGCAAAAUCUGUAAUAAUCCACAUAAUGUGAAGCAUACACAUAUUUAAUUUUCUUUUAUAUUUCAGCUGUUCAUUUUGUAAGAUGUUGUAAAUGCUUCUACUCAAAGAUGUAUGUGUAUGUGAUGUUGUAUAACUGGAGUGCUUGCAGAGCUUACAAGCGCAGUGUGUAUGGACUGUAUGAAACAUAAAUCAUGUUAACAUACGGGCUGAAGAGAACAUGUCGGACAGAGGGCAAAGCCUCUCCACAGGCUGCCUUCUUGUCUUGUGUAACAUUGUAAAUACCAAAUACUGUGACUGCACAGCAGAGAGUUCUGCUUCAUUUCACCAGAACUCUGAUAAACAGCAGCUUGGCCUAACCCCUGUUAUUCUUCAUUUUCAGCCCAUAAACUCCUACGAUAGGAGGGUUUUAUGUUUCUUGACGUGCAGAGCUUGACUUCGACACCUUAAGCACUGUGAUUUAUCCUCUUUUCCAGUGUUGCUUUAUUGUCGUCUCGCUCCAGACAAGAUGGAGCUAUAGUAACAGAAAAGGCUGAGGGCAAUUAAAUAAUACUGUAUGAUUUCACAUAAAUUCAUUAAUACUAAGGCCUCCGACAUCCCAGGAUUAAUGAUAAUCCAACAACAAAGGCAACUCUGAUGCUGUGAUUGGCCGGGUAUUUGCAGAGGGGAUUCCAUUGGACUUUGUUUCAAGUUUGAACGUUUCUCUCAAGCUGUUCACUUCUCAUGUGAACAGCUUUUACUUGGUUGAUACAUGAGCUCACAAAUGUUUUGCAUCAUCUGCUCACCUGAGCUAAAGAAAGCUGAUUUCAGGAAUACAUAUAUUAAGAUUGAAUGCAUGCUAAAUUUUGAUAUCAUAUUUUUUUGUGAAAGUUUAAGCUUUUUGCCCCUAAAUCUGCAGACAAAAAAUACUUCUGCUAUUGCUCUGAGACUUUUAACAGAUAAGUUAAAAGAGGCUAGCACAAGUCCCCCUCAAGUUUUGGGGGGGACUUUUGCUUUUUUAGGCAAUUUUGAUAAAAGGAAAUACUCUUGGAAAUUUGAAAGAUCAAUGACUUUGUGUCAUUAUCAUAAAAUAAUUUGAAUAUUCCAUCGUGUUGAUUCAAUAGUAUUAUUGUCGUCAUAACACAAAUGGAUACGACAUUGUUAUAUUUACUAAAGAACAAAGUAUUUACUGUAUACUGUACUAUCAUUCAGUAAAAAAGGGAGCUGUGUUGAUUUAAAAAAAUGUUUGUGUGUAAAUUAUGAUGCUGAUGUUUUUCUGCAGGACGUCAGACAACUGUAUAUGUUUUAUAUGUAUGGCAUCAAUAUUAAAAUUUAUUUUUCAAAAUAAAGUUAAAUCUAAAGAACCUA